UUCUUUUUGUUUUUUUUUUCAGAGUAACUGAAACCUAUUGGAGAGGUUCAGUUCACCACUGGAGCCUACCCAAACCUCCUUUUCUUUACCCACCCACCCUCCUCUGUACAGCCUCUCCUACCAUCAAACCUCAGGUGAAGGGGAAAUCAGAGAAGGACUAGUGACUUGCUGGCGCUGGUAGGCUCAUUGCCACUUUCAUCAUGCAUUUUAAGACUACAGAUAAUCUGAGACGAGAUCCUACUGUGACAUCCUCUCCCACUGAAGUUCGUGUGUGGAUAGAAGAGUUGGAUUACAGUUUUCUGGUAUAUGGAGAAAACUUUGAAAGAGCAGAAAUCAACGGAGAGAAGCUACUUAACAUCACUCGGCAAAAACUUAGUGAACUCGGUGUAAUCCGAACUGACCAUCAGGAUAUCAUAUUAAAAGCAGUUGCUGAUAUUUACAAAAAAGACAAAUCUGAAGAGGCAGCUAUGCAAGGAGAAGAUCAGAAUGACAAAAAGAUGCCUACCAGAUUCAGAAAACAAAGUGAACAUCUUGAGCAUGCUAUUGAUCAUGUGCUUGUCCUGAUAUCGGAAAGAAGAAGGGCGCGUACUCUACAUGGCACUAAUGAACAACCACCUCGUAACAUUCUUACAGCUGCUCUUGAACUGAUUAAUAUGGUCAAGAUGAUACUAAACAUUCUGGAAAGGCCUCCAUUUGAUUGCAUGUCAGAAUUUUCAAGUCUGAAAAGCCACCUCAUUAAACAUAUCACAUUACUGAAACAUUUCUCUGAGCAGCCUGGUGACUGGCUGCAAUUUCUUCAGGUCAGGGUGAAUAUAAUGAGAAAACCAGGAAGAAUAUGGGUCCCUGAGAUCCAAGUAUAUUUUGCAUUAAUCUACAGAUGA